GCUAUGAACAAUCUCUCCAUUUUAUCCUUUAUUCAAAAAUGAUAAUGGGCUUUUGCCAGCAAGUCUAUUGCAUGUCUGUCCGAAGGUGCUUCACGCAGAAAAAGGUGUUCCUGAUUUGUCAUCUGGUAGUGUUCUAAAAAUAAAGUUGAUCACGCAAUUCCUAGCUGUGCCACAGCCCGAGUACCGGGGUGAGGCGUUUGGCUAGCUUCAAAUCCUAGAUAGCAGUUAGAUUCACAGAUUUAGGGUUUGUCAUUUGUCAAUAGAUAUUUACUAUCUUUCAACGGGUAAUCCACCCCAUCCGACUCUGGCCUGUCCGAGAUGUCUCAAGCUGAAUCACACAAGCUGCAAGGCAAUGUCUAUUUUGGACAGCACCUGUAUGACGAUGCGAUACGGGAAUAUGGCAAGGCUAUAAUACAUAAUCCGACCAUUCCCACCUACUAUACAAAUCGAGCGCUAUGUUUUCUCCGGUUAGAGCAGUAUGAGAGAGCAAUAACAGAUGCGGAAAAGGCUAUCGAGAUAGAUCCAAAAUUGGUGAAGGGGCACUAUUUGCUGGGACAAGCAUUAUCAGCCAUCGAUACUCGCCUGGAAGGUGCCAUUCACGCCCUCACCAAAGCAUACAAACUGUCCAUUGAACAGCGUGUAGGCUAUUCAGAAGAGAUCGCUGAAAAGCUCCGUGAGGCCAAGAAAAGGAAAUGGGAGUUGACUGAUAAGAAACGACGAGAGUCGGAAUCAGAACUAUACCGAUAUCUCACAGAUCUUGUGGAGAGGGAUCGACGAAGACAAUUAGAACAGUUGGAUUCAGCUGACGAUGCGGAGAAGGAGGCGAUGUCCAGUCAAUUUGACAACCGCUUGUCUGAAAUAACAGCUUUGUUCACUAAAGCUGAUGAAACAGCAAAGAAACGCGAAGUGCCUGAUUACUACACCGGAAAGAUCUCAUUCGAAAUCAUGACGGACCCCGUCAUUACGCCCAGCGGGAUAACAUACGAUCGACCAGAGAUUGUUUCACAUUUACGAAAGAUUGGGCAGUUUGAUCCGUUGAGCCGACACCCGAUGACUGAAAAGGAUUUGAUACCCAAUUUGGCAUUGAAAGAGGCAAUUGGGGACUUUUUGGACAAAAACGGCUGGGCAAUCGACUACUGAUCUAGAGAAUUCGUAUUCACGCUGAUCCUUACCUUCCAAUGCUUACAAGUCGUACCUCAUUCCAUCAUGCAUUCUUUUGCCACACACUGAUGCUGUAUAUAUUCCGGAAAUUAAUUCUUCCCCAUCUACGUUAAUAGUUUAAAUGGCGCAGUCCGUAUAAAGAGAUUUUAAUUGCGUUUGAUACAUGAAUAACCUUAUAGAUAUGCCAUGUGAAACGUCGCGUGCUAGUUGGUAGCUGCAGGAAGGUUAUGCGAGAUUUUCCAUUCCAUCGGCGUGGUGAUGUCAUCGUGGCAUUUUCCAAUUGUAUUUAUCUUGGUUAGAAGCAAUACAACCUAUUCGAA